AUGUCUUCAGGUAGUGGAACGGACUCCAGCGGAUCGGGCCUGGGUUCGGAGUCAGGCAGCUCGUCCGAGUCAGAAAACGACGCCCAGGCCUUUUUGAAACCUGUUUUUGUAAAGAAAACCCACAAACUGAAGGCUCCUCAGACAAGCAGUGGAAACGUCCUAGCCAAAGCCGAAUUCCAGCAGAACCUCGAGGCGAAAGAAGCCAAGGUGGUGAGUUUCGAUGGGGUUGACGAUACAGACGACGUUGACCCCGAAGGCGAGUUUGAGGCGUGGAAAGCACGUGAAAGAGCCAGAAAGGCAAGAGACUCCAAGGUUGAUGAUGAAGAGGAGGUGGACGGAAAAGGCGGGGUAUUCUACCGUGGUGUUGGCGAGGAGCUUCUUAAUAGAGAGGAGGGGGAAGUAGAGGGAGACCAUUCCAGGCCCCUCAGGUACAAGGCUCACUAA